AUGGGCGAAAAAUUGGAAAAUAGCACCAUCAUUCGGAGAGAGAUAUCUUCAGAUGAGGGAAGCUCUGAAGACUUCGUUCCUGAGGCUUCAAAAUCCAAGUUGUCAUAUAACGUAAGCGCUGAGGCGGAACAGACAAGACAAAUAGUCCGAACUUUAAGUCCUUCUAAAGAGCAAGAUAAAGAGAAAGUAUUAGAGACAGUAUUUUCAGAACCCGGUCUCGAUGAAGAAGACGAUGGUAGGAUUUGGGAAGGUGAUCCUACUCUUCUUCCAAACUCUCCAUAUCCGGAGGUUCGCGCUAGUGUCGCAAACACUGAUGAUCCCACCAUUGUAUUAAAUCAUUGGAGAACUUGGUUCCUCACAACCGUGUUUGUGGUGGUUUUUGCGGGCGUUAAUCAAUUUUUCUCCCUUCGUUAUCCAACCCUAAGUAUCAAUUUUCUAGUCGCACAGGUUGUGUGUUAUCCUGUGGGGAAGAUACUCGCACUGUUGCCAGAUUGGAAAUGCAAGAGAUGUUCGUGGUUUGAUCUCAACCCUGGUCCAUUCACAAAGAAAGAACAUGCUGUAGUUACGAUUGCUGUGGCGCUUACAUCUUCAACCGCUUACGCGAUGAACAUCCUUAUCGCACAAACUAAUUUCUACAAUAUGAAGCUGAAUGCCGGCUACCAGAUUAUGUUAGUUUGGACUUCUCAAAUGUUAGGGUAUGGUGCCGCCGGACUGAGCAGACGCUGGGUUGUGAAUCCUGCAAGCUGCAUCUGGCCCCAAAACCUAAUUUCAGUUUCACUUUUCGAUUCUCUACAUUCGAGGAGCAUUGAUAAGACAAUAAUCAAUGGAUGGCGCGUGUCUCGCUACAAGUUUUUCCUUUUUGUCUUCAUCGGCAGUUUUGUCUGGUACUGGGUUCCCGGUUUUCUUUUCACUGGUCUAUCAUAUUUCAAUGUCGUCCUAUGGGGACCUAAGACAAGACAUAAUUUCAUUGCUAACACUAUCUUUGGGACGCAAAGUGGCCUGGGUGCUCUUCCUAUUUCUUUCGAUUACACUCAAAUCUCACAAGCUAUGACUGGUUCUGUAUUCGCUACUCCAUUUUGGGUGUCGGCAAACACCUACGCCUCCGUAUUAAUCUUCUUCGUCCUAAUUUUGCCAAUCCUGUACUUCACAAAUACUUGGUAUGCUAAGUAUAUGCCGGUAAUUUCAGGUACUACAUAUGACAACACGCAGAAGUCAUACAAUGUGUCUAAAAUCAUUAAUCCUGACUACUCGAUCAAUUUGGAGAAAUACAAAGCUUAUUCACCUUUAUACGUUCCCUUCUCGUAUCUGUUGUCCUAUGCGUUGAACUUUGCCGCCGUUGUAAGUGUCUUUGUCCACUGUGGUCUAUAUCAUGGCAAAGACAUUGUUGCAAAGUUAAGAAACAAAAGUCAUGGUGGUGAAGAUAUUCACAUGAGGCUGUACUCUCAAAAUUACAAAGAUUGCCCUGACUGGUGGUAUAUUGUUCUUCAAGUCAUCAUGCUAGCCUUGGGAUUCGCAGCUGUAUGUGGAUUUGACACACAUUUCCCCGCUUGGGCUUUUGUGAUUGCCUUAAUAUUAUCCUUUGCUAAUAUUAUUCCUCAAGGUAUCUUAGAAGCCAUGACAAACCAACAUGUUGGUUUAAACAUUAUCACAGAGUUGAUCUGUGGUUACAUGUUACCAUUGAGACCAAUGGCUAAUGUCCUUUUCAAGUUGUACGGAUUCAUCGUUAUGAGACAUGGCCUCGAUUUGAGUAGAGAUUUGAAGCUUGCAUUGUAUAUGAAAGUUCCACCUCGCUUGAUUUUCUUCAUUCAAAUUUACGCAUCUCUCAUUUCAGGUUUAGUUAAUGUUGGUAUCCAGGAAUGGAUGAGGUCUAACAUCAAAGAUAUUUGUUCCACAACACAGCCUGAUGGCUUCACCUGUUCCAAUGGUCGCACAAUUUUCAAUGCAUCCAUUAUAUGGUCACUGCCAAAGUACUUAUUUUCGCCCGGUCGUAUUUACAAUCCGCUAAUGUGGUUCUUUUUGAUCGGGCUCAUCGUCCCAUUUGUCAUUUUCUUCUUGCAAAAGAAGUUCCCUCGCGUCGAACUCUUCAAAUAUAUGCACUCUCCAGUCUUUUUCACCGGACCUGGUAACAUUCCACCUAGUACUCCUUACAACUACUCGCUUUUUUUUGCUAUGUCAUUCGUUUUGAACUCCAUUAGAAAGAAGUGGCCUCAUUGGUUCAGCAAAUAUAAUUUUGUUAUGGGUGCAGGUGUAGAGACAGGUGUUGCAUUGGCAGUGGUGAUAAUCUUUUUAUGCGUUCAGUAUCCGGGAGGAAAAUUAAGUUGGUGGGGUAACACAGUUUGGAAAACAACUUAUGAUUACGCGUACAAGAAAUACUACACUUUGAAGACGGGAGAGACAUUUGGGUAUGACAAAUGGUGGUAG